AUGAUGAAAAUCGUCUACGUUCUUCUCUGUGAAACAGUUUUAUCUGCAAAAUAUGACCACAAAAAGUAUUCAUGGACAAAAGUCAUGGAGUACGAAGAAGUUCCUGUUCAUUCUUGCAAGCACUUUGCCCCAGAUAUUCGAAAAAAGACCUUUUGUCACAACUAUCCAAAUUUGAUAAACGAGCUCGCCCUUGGAUUCCGCAUGGCCAUGCAUCAGUGCAAAGCAGAAAUGUCGGAUGAAAGGUGGAAUUGUCCAACCACGUCAAACCUCAGAGACCCCAUCACGAAGAUGGACAUCAACUCUUUUGAUCUGAUGCUUGGGACGGGAACCCGAGAAAGCGCUUUUCUCCAUUCGCUUGUCUCAGCAGGUGGAGCAUUUGCAAUCGCUGCUGCCGAAGCUAGAGGUCAACUCAAAAAAGAACGAAUUGAAAAAUGCAAUAUCGAUGGACAAUAUGACGAAAAUACUGACCAAAAGAAAUUCUACCUGACAGAAAAGUACUCCAAAUACGGCGGCUGCGUUUCCGAUCACUUCUACGAACCCGACUCAUCAGGUCAUAUCGAAAAGAUCCAUCAUCACAACGCACGCCAAGGCCUGAAGAUACUAAAAGAUACAAUGGUAGAGCACUGCCGCUGCCACGGUGUUUCUGGAAGCUGCCGGUUGAAAACUUGCUGGAAAUCGCUGACAUCGUUUGAAAAGGUUUCCGCUGCCACCUUUGAGAAAUUCAAAAAAGCAAAGAGGACGAAAUCCGCAAAUGCCAUCGAAAGUUCAAAGUACAAUGACAAGCUGGUUUACUCCGAAAAAACGCCGAAUAAAUGCGAAAAAGACGAGAAAUUCGGAAUGCUUGCUUCUGAAGGUCGCGAAUGUACACUCAAAGGAGCAAAUAGCUGCAAGAAAUUAUGCUGCAAGGGAAAAUACGAAGCAGUCAAAAUUAAAAGCAUCGAGCAAUCGAACUGCAGAUUCAAUUGGUGCUGCAGUGUUGAGUGCGACGAGAAACAGGUGGAAGAGACAAAGUACUACUGUAUAUAA